UUUUCGAUAGCUGUCUGCUAUGCACAACAAGUUUGUGGCACAGUCUAUUUUGUUAGCCGCUUGGAGGUGCUGGCGUCAUCAUACGCCUUCGUACUCAACCCUCAAUUUGGGCGGCUACGUACCAACCCUCGUCUGUCUAAAAGCGGAAAGCUCGAAUCUCAACUGCUUUCUUCUAUUUUGUACAGUCAGAAUGGCAACUGUCACAACCACAACAACCACCACCUCAGGUCCAUCUCUGGGAAUAUCAAUCGAUAGAGGAUAUGUCAACACCUUGUUUGGACGGUUUAAUAUCUUGACAUUAGCUAUUAAUGCUCUUUGUUUCAUCUGUGUUGCUGCACAACCAUGGGCUGCUUACAUCCCACCUCAGGGAUGGUUCUAUUUUGUAUGUGUUACUGGAUUCUGGUCAGCUCUCCUUGAACUUUUUUUGGGACUAUGUCGUAUUCAGGAAAGGAUGGUCAGAAUAGUUCCAUGGAAACUUGGAUUGUUGAUCUUUUAUGGUCUGUGGUCAUUUUUCUACCUGACAGCAGCCAGUGCUGUCACCCACUAUGCUGCCAACUAUGAAAAAAGGGAUGGAUGGUAUGCUGGAACGGUAUUUGGAUUUAUUGCAACAAUCAUUUAUGGUAUUGCUGCUUACUACCGACUUCUUGAUUGGAAGGGAGCAAGCCCUGUUAGCGUCAGCCAACCAGCCUAAUUCUUUAGAAAAUCAGUUAAAGCACGAAUCUUAAUUUGCUGUUAUCACGCGUUCAAAUUCUCGGUAACACCCUUCGAUCUGAUGUGGUUCAACAUUAAGUUAUAUCACCACGAGCUGAAUCUGCUUUUGUUUGCUUUGGACCAUUAAUAUUAAAUAGUUCUUCUAAAUGUUUUUGAGUUCCUGUUACAUACCUGCACUUGUGUUUCGUAUGCGAUGCUGUGCCUUCUGCAAUUUGCCUUCUCUUGAAUUUAACAAAGAAAAGUAAUACUGUUUGUUUGAUUUUUCCCGGUCGAUUGCCAUUCUGGCAGGAAGUGAUGCAUCCAAAUUUGAUACGAUCCAACAACUAAUGUUUCUAUCUAUUUGUUUUUGUUCUAACAUAUGUCGCCAAUAUCACUCCGUUCAAAGAGCAUUAAUAAUACAAAAGAGGUUUAGCAAAUAUGAA